UCAAUUCUUCAUUCACCAGAUUCACUUCAACUUUCACAACAAAUUUGUUUGGGAGGUCAGAAAAUUUAGAUUUUCCGGGAAAAUGACAGGGAGAGGAAAGGGAGGAAAGGGUUUGGGUAAGGGCGGAGCCAAGAGGCACAGGAAGGUGCUGAGGGACAACAUCCAGGGGAUCACCAAGCCGGCCAUACGAAGGCUCGCUCGCAGAGGAGGUGUGAAGCGCAUAAGCGGCCUCAUAUAUGAAGAAACCAGAGGGGUUCUCAAGAUCUUCUUGGAGAACGUCAUUCGCGACGCUGUGACGUACACCGAGCAUGCCAGGAGGAAGACGGUGACCGCCAUGGAUGUUGUCUAUGCUCUAAAGAGGCAGGGACGAACCCUUUAUGGUUUCGGAGGUUAAUUCAAGAUAUUUUGAAUCGAAUCCUUCUGGUUAAAUUUGGGGCUUUUUUGUAAAACUUGUUAUGAUCUGAUGAAUUUGCUUGUUAAUUUUGAAUGUCUGAGAUCGAUUUGAAUAUGUAAUUCCAAUCGGAUCCUUUCCGCUUCCAAUGCCAUCAAUGAAGAUAUAUUACUUAAAGAGAA